AUGUUAUAUUCUUACGAAGCUGAAGAAUUAUCAAAAAAAUUUAUGGAACAAAAUAUUGAAAUACAACAUGAAAUUGAAACAUUUCGUUCUAAACUUGAUUAUAUUGUAACAUAUAUUAAUCAAAAAUUGGAUCAACAAAAAACAACAACAACAUUAUCAUCUUUAUCUAUACAUCAAUUAGUAUUUGAAACUAUGCAACAAACAGAAAUGAAAUUACUUGAAUUUAAAUUGAAAUUUAUUUCACAACAAGAAGAAAAUGAUCUUUUAAAAUAUUUAAUGGAAAAAUCACAAAAUAUAUCAGAUAUUGAACAAACAAAAUUAUUUUCUAUUAUUCAACAACGUUCACUUGAACGUGAAAUUGAUCUUGUUCGUCAAGAACUUGAAAUUACAGAGAAAAAAACUAUUCAAUUUGAACAAAGAGUAUAA